CAACGAAGAGGGCAAUGAUUGUUGCCUGGAUGACUUUGAGCGAUUUCUGUAACCGACGAGGUGGGGGGAUAGAGUUGAUUUCCAUGUCUCUGUCCGUGUCCGGGUUACACUGGACAGAAUCGGACUGCUCUGCCAGAUUGCACAGUCUUGUCUCGAUCGACUGACUGUGUGCAGCCUUGUUGGUAGUAUUCACGUGGCAUUAGUUCGCUGGUUUAUGUUAGCGUUGGUCUCUAGUCGCUGGGGGUACACUCGUCCUUGCUGUCGUGAAGGGUGGACAUGGGCAUCUAGAUCACCAAGUGGAAGCAUCAUAGACUGCUCGGUGUAGGAUUUUGUUUUUUCAUGUAAUGUUGUGAGUUCGCUUGCUUUCGCGUCCUCUGAAUUAUUCUCAUCACGAAAUUGAAGCACGUCAGCCGCAGUCUUGAUUGUUAUAACUCGUCCUUUUGCGUCUGGUCGCCGUGAUAAAUGGCGCAUGUAAAUUACUCUGUUUGAGGUUUGAUGACAACACAACCAGCAGCCUUACUCUUCAAUAUACAUAUGCAUCUGGUAUAGUAGUAAAGGGUGACAGUUGAAGCUCGUCACUUGUUCACUUGUUAGGUUUCUGCGGUCUGUAGAGUUGCCAGUUUAGUCGAUUUUGGGGAGGGAUAGUACAAUGGGGGCAACUGACAUCAUCAUUAAAAUUAUCAGCGGUAAAAUGUGGAGUGUUUUUCACCCCCAAGUUUGGCGAGUUGGGCCGGGGAAACCUAGAUGAGAUGGCACCAGAAGACCAGAAGGGUCGACCAAGUGUUGUUUUCGGUAUAUGAUACAGUAGCACAUGUCGGACAUCACUUUCCGACGUUGCCUUAGGUUGGGAGGUGUCUACAAGUCAAGUCGUAUUGUUUUCUUUGUAGCAUAGAUCAUAUGCAUAGUGUAGUUGUUGGGUGUGUUUGGCGUUGGGCAAGCUACAGCUGAAAAUCACUCUCGGGGAAAUAGAAAUAUCCCGUUCUUGUGUAAAAUCGAGUCAGACGUGUCGCUGCGGAGAGCUGUGUUGGGUGUGUCUGUUUCUAGUUCUUGCUGGUGACCGUGCGUUGUGUCGAAGUUGCCGGUAAGUCUUUAGAGUCAGUCUACGAAAGCACGCAGUCCCCAAGUCCUACCAAGUUCAUGCGCUCCCUUCGAGGGCAGCAGACUUGCCCAGAAACAAGGACGAAUGAUGGACGAACAAUCUCAUUCAUGUUUGUCUCCUAC